AGAGCGGAGCGUGGCCCGGCCAGUUCCCCAGGGCAGCCCUGCCAGCCCAGCCCAGGCCAGCCUGGCUUAGCCACACACGCACCAUGAAGUACCCUCUGGUGCCGCUGGUGAACGAGCUGACGUUUUCUUUCCUGGUGUUCUGGCUCUGUCUGCCUGUGGCUUUGCUGUUGUUAUUGCUGAUCGUCUGGCUACACUUCUUACUCAGCCAAGAUUCAGAGGAAAAUGACUCAGAUGUUUGCUUUGAUUGGGAGCCCCGGAGCAAAGGCCCUGCCAAGUUUUGCCAGAAGACACUCCAUAGCCAACAGGAGGAGAGGCCCUGCUAGUGAGCCUAUUGUGCCAGAUCCAAUGUUCCAAUGCUUCCCAGCUUGGUUUUCCCAGAGUCAGCGGGGCUGCGGCAGCGGCCGAGGUGGAUGGGAGACCCGCCAGGGAGGGGAGAGGACUUUGGCGAGUGAGGUGCUCCCCAGGGACCCCCGAUUCAUCUCCUCCACUGAUGGACACACGAACGC